AUGCUCCUCUGGAAGUCCUCCCACACUCUCCACCAGAGUAGCCAGCCUCCAGAAGUCCUCUGGACUUCAUUGGACCAUCAUUGGACUUCCUCUGAAAUGAAGGGCACAUACUCAGGCUGCAAAAAACCACCUAUCACAACACUCAACAAGCCACUGAACCAUAAGGAAUUCAAUACAUUGUCCUCUAACCUCUUAUCAAACUCUGCACCCUUGAUUCAGCAACAUCUUGUGGAACAGAACACUGCUCAAUCUACACCAGGCCCAUCUGCAUCAACUGUUCCAACAAUCAAUUUCAACCUUCCUAAUGACAUUUUUUCAUUCUUACAGCCUGCAUCAGUACCCUUGCCAACCACUCCUGGUCAAACCAAUGCUCUCAUCAACAGUGCUGAUAUCCCUGUUCUUCCUAUCUCUGCUCAGCCUGGCCCUGACUUGUCUCUUGUGAACUUUUGUGCUGUGUACAACCUAUCUCCAGACAUUCAUGCCAAGCUCAUGGAGAAUGGAUAUAUGGGAACACAGACCAUCAGAUACAUUGUUGUUUUGGAGCUGAAAGAAAUGGGAUUCAAGAAUGGUAAGAUUGCAGCAAUGAAGGUUGCAGUUGCACAGUGGGCUAAUGGAGAGAUGUGA